GGGAGAUCGAAUAGUUUCUUGAUUUCGCCUGGGGGUUCAACCACUACCUACCUUUUUCCUUGGCCAACGAACGAUGUUAAAUGAAACAACGGAUUCAUUUAUCUGCUAUUUGGCAUAGCCUAUGCUACUCUCUCUCUCUCUCUCUCUCUCUCUCUCUCUCUCUCGCUAAUAAAUUUUGAAGAGGAGCAUUCCCACUAUCCCACACGCUUUCUUCAAUUAGUGAGGCGCAUUUGAUAGCGGUCAAGAAAUUAAGUAGUGUAAUAUUUUCCACAACCCUUUAUUAGCAAAGUGUAAAUCAAGAUUCAUGACCUCGAUAUUUUUAGUCUGGCUUUUCCUCUAUUGCAUCAAGAGCUAGAAGAGAGCUAAUAGUAAUGCUUUCAAUGGCAUGUUUUGUGCUCGUUUAGCUAAUGAUGCCUAGGUAACAUUGCCCUUAUAGCUAUCUUCUUCUCUCUUUCUCAUUCUCCUAAUUUCUAUCCUCUCUUCGUUUCUUUGGCAUCUAAUAAACUAUUUUAGUGGGCUGUGAAAAUGGGUGUAAUGGGCAAAACCAGAAUGGUUUUAACAUUAACAGGCAGAGCCAUACAUGAAGCUGUGAGCUUCAUUGUCUUUUCUUUUCUUGAUCUUCUUGAUUUCGUUCUGUGUUUCGCUUACAAAGUCGCAGAUUUCUUCAUUGAAGCAGAAUGGAAACCCUGUUACUGUACCUCAGCUAAAGACGCCAUCACUAGCAGUGGCAAGAUCUUGGUCUCGGAGCAAGGCGAGUCCAAGAUUGUUUGCCUGAGUUCUAGCAAGUUAGAGCUAGAGGAGAUCUCAGACACCCUCUAUACCCGCCCUGCCCUACUCUCUGAGGUUUCAAAAUUGACUGUUAAUGAGCUAAAACGAAUCAAAGUGGAAAAGAGCGUUGUACAAUCCUGCGAGAAGAUAAAGAAAGGAACGGUGAGAUCGACAUUCACGAUUAACUCCACCAUUGUUGAAAUGCUUCAGGGAAAGAUUGAAGGCCAGAAAGCACAUCCUAUCCCAAGAUGGUCUGAUUGUGAUUGUAAACCUUGCACUAGUUGGACCACCUCUGGCAAGGAAACUCUAUUUGUUAAAGCUGAAGGCGCAAAAGAUAAAGCAAAAGAAGAUGUCCUUUUCAUCCAUGGAUUCAUUUCAUCUUCAGCAUUUUGGACAGAAACCGUAUUUCCAAACUUGUCGGAUGCUGCUAAAUCCAGCUACCGAUUUUUCGCUGUGGAUUUACUAGGGUUUGGGAGGAGUCCAAAGCCAACAGACUCGCUUUACACGCUUAGAGAGCAUUUGGAGAUGAUUGAAAGAUCUGUGAUCGAACCUCACAAAGUUAAAUCCUUCCAUAUCGUGGCUCAUUCUUUAGGCUGCAUUUUGGCCCUAGCACUCGCAGUAAAACACCCUGGAUCCGUCAAAUCCCUUACUCUCCUCGCACCACCAUAUUAUCCAGUGCCAAAGGGGGUACAACCAACACAAUACGUCAUGAGAAGGAUAGCUCCCAGGCGCGUGUGGCCACUGAUUGCAUUUGGCGCGUCGAUAGCUUGCUGGUAUGAGCACAUCAGCCGGACGAUUUGUCUGGUUAUAUGCAAGAACCAUCGAUUGUGGGAAUUUCUUGCCAAACUUGUCACAAGAAACAGGAUUAGGACAUUCUUGCUCGAAGGAUUCUUUAGUCAUACCCACAACGCAGCAUGGCAUACCCUGCACAACAUUAUCUGUGGCACCGCCAGCAAGCUCGAUGGCUACCUAGACACCGUCCGUGACCACCUGAAAUGUGAUGUCAAUAUCUUCCAUGGGAGCAAUGAUGAGCUUAUUCCAGUUGAAUGUAGUUACAAUGUCCAAGAAAGAGUUCCUCGUGCCAGUGUUAACGUGAUCGAGAAGAAAGAUCAUAUUACGAUUGUUGUUGGUAGGCAAAAGGCCUUCACUAGAGAACUAGAGGAGAUUUGGAGUAGAUCAAGUAGUUAAGACUCUACCCUUUAGCAUGCCCUAGCUCUAAGUCACCAUAUACAUAUAUAUCCCACCAAAGUGGACAUAUAAAAUAGCCUUAAAAUUAGCAGGCUUUCUUCUAAUUGAUCAAGUGUUAAAUCUCCAGUGGAUGAUGUGAAAAACAUUACCCACCAUUAUUAUUGUGUUAUGAAAUGCAUGAUUAUUGAUAAAACAAUGUGUCAUAAGAAAAUGAACCA